AUUAUGAGAGGGAAUCCAGAGGUUAUGAGAGAUCACCCAGAGAGUAUUACGGACGGUCUAGAGAUCGCAGUCGGAACGUGAGUGAGAAAAAACAUGUGAGCUUUCGAGAGAGAUCGACUUCGUUUAACAGAGAUGGUAAUCCGUAUGCAAAUGCAAUUUGCAACUUUUGCAAAAAGAAAGGCCAUUUGAGACGACAAUGUUACUCCUAUCGCAACAACAACUCUGUUAGGUUUGUGGAUUCAAAUUCGGGUUCAAAAACUGAAACAUCGUAUAACUUUAAGCGGGAUAAAGAAAACAGUGCAUCUGAGGUAGAAUCGGACGGUAUGGAGUGCUUGUUGAUAACCGCUGUAAACAAAAUCAAUGAACCAUGCAUGGUUGAUGUUACGAUAGAAGGAAAACGAAUGCAAAUGGAAAUAGAUUCAGGAGCGGCGGUGUCGGUCAUUAGCGAUAUAGAUUAUUUAGAAUUUUUUGGAACGGUUCCUAUUAACACCUGUGAAAGACAAUUAGUGGUCGUGAAUGGCGAUCGCUUACAUAUUGUAGGAGAAAUCAAAGUUAGGGUUGUUUUGAAUGGAACAGCGAGUUAUCAGAAAAUCAUCAUUUUGGAAUGUGAAAAACAUUUCACACCGCUCAUCGGUAGGACAUGGCUUGAUUUCUAUUACCCGGAGUGGAGAACAGGGUUCGUGCAGAAAACUCCAGUCAACAAAUUGGUGCAAAGCAAAGGUACAGAUCAAAUUGUUGAAGAUUUAAAGCAAAAAUACUCAAAAAUUUUCAACAAAGAUUUUUCAGAACCGAUUAAGGGUUACGAAGGAGAGUUGCAGUUGAAACAUGACCAACCGAUCUUUAAAAAAGCGUACACAGUUCCCUACAAACUGAAAGACAAAUUGGAUAAUCACCUCGAUAUGCUUGAACAGCAAAACAUAAUAACAGCAAUCAAAGCUAGCGAGUGGGCUUCACCGGUUAUCGUGGUCGUGAAAAAGGAUCAGGAUAUCCGUAUGGUGAUUGACUGCAAGGAACGUUUUAUCGGCACAUCGAGAUCAACUGAAACUUCCGAAACCCGCGAGAGGCUCUAAACUGCUAGUCCCGUCAAAACACUCACGGAAGCGCAGUAGUAGGGAGCUGAGUGAGGAAGAUGGCGCGUGCGUUGGUUUCGAGGAAGAACCUAAGGAUCAGUCAUUUAGCAAAUUCAUGGAUAAGCUAGAAAGAUCUGUCGGUUCAAACAAUCCUAAAAGACCGAAGCUCAGUCGAAGCCCAAUAAUAACAAGGAGCCGCUCGCGAACAUGUGAAGUGUAAAAUAUAUUUUAAAUGCAUUAUUAGAAUUAAGUACAAAUUUCUUAACUUUAAGUAGGUCUUUAAAUUGUGCUCUAAAGAGGGAAGGAUUGUUACAUAUUCCCGGUUGGGUAAAUUGGCAGAGUCCACUUUGAAUUCAUAUGUAACCAACACGAACAAACUGUAAUAAUUGUGUGUGCCAUCUAUGGGUAUAAAAGACUGCCUGAAUAAAUCCUAUGUUCACUUCUUAACAGUAACCUAAAAGUGUCUUUAAUUUCGUAACUAAGAAACACCUUAAAUAGUUAUAGUUCUUAGAAUUGAA